CUCACACCAACCGUCACAAUAUAAUCCUUUCUUCUUCUUCUUCAGAUUCCAGAGAGAGAGAUCGAUCACUAGCUAACUAUAUAUUACAGUUUAUGAAAUGGCUGGUUUAGUCAGAACCAGAACCAAGAGAGUCACUUACCCGCUAGACGACAGGGUCAAGGCUCGCCUCGUCGGCCGGGAGAGCUACUUCAGCAGCGGCAGCGACCACUCCGCCGCCGACGACGACGUCUCGCCUUGCCUCUCCGAGCUCGUGUACAGCUUUCUCGAGGAGGAGGAAUCGUCGUCGUCGGAGUCGCGCUCGCCGCACAACGACGACGACUACGACUCGGACCCGGUCGACUCGGUCUCGGAUCGGUCUUCCGGCGCGGUCGAGUGCAUUUUGAGAUCGUCGGCGGCGACUGCGGACUCCUACGCCAAGGUGCUGCUUGCUGACGUGGCGGAGGCGGUGGAGGCGUUCGCGUGUCUGAGAUCGGACAAGUCGGCCCUGCAGCGGAGCGUCAUGUCGUUUUUGAGGGGGAAGGGUCACAAUGCGGCGAUCUGCAAGACCAAGUGGAGCUCCGCCGGCGGCAUCACCGCCGGGCACUACGAGUUCAUCGACGUGGUUGCCAACCCCUCCGCCACGUGGCAGCAUCAGAGCAAGAGGUACUUCGUGGACGUGGACUUCGCCGCUGAGUUCGAGAUCGCGCGGCCGUCGAGCCAGUACACGCGGCUGACGCAGACGCUGCCGCGUCACUUCGUCGGCGGCUCCGACGAGCUGAAGAAGAUAGUGCGGGUCAUGUGCGACGCGGCGAAGAAGUCGCUGAGGAGCCGAGAGCUGUCAGUGCCACCGUGGCGGAAGAACCGUUACAUGCAGAACAAGUGGUUCGGGCCGUACAAGCGGACGGUUAACCCGUUGCCGGAAAAUCCGCUCACGAGGACCUCGCCUCUUUUCCCACAGGGCUCUGGCGCCAAAUGCCGUUGGGUCGGGUUCGACGACGUCGUUUCGGAGACCAACGUCGUCACCGGCCGCGUCUAUAUCCGAACUUAGAUAGAGCUCGAUUAUUCGUCCAGUGAAAAUAAAAGAUAAUCAAAUUCUCGUUUUUGUUUUUGUUAUCUUAUGGUGUAACGCGGCAAACGCACAUUGUUGUACAUGAGUAACGUGACGGCGGAUUAUAGUUUUGACCAAUUUGAUAAUUGUUUUGACUUUUAAUCGGACAGUGACGGGAUGAGGACUCACCGGAACAACGUAUGGUUAGGAGUUGGGGAUUUUACCCGGGACUGGAUAUCGAUGAAGAAGAUGAGAGAGAGCACCGUUUACUAGUGUUGCUUUCAGGUCCGGCGAUCUGACCCAUCGAUGGCUAUGUUUGAUGGAAAUUUGGGGACACUUGGCUUCUAGCUUGGGGCCGACGUGGUACGACGGAAUAGUGACGUGGUAGGACAGGAAAGGACAGAGGUUUUGUUUCAUAAGAUUUGGAUAAGAUUGUUUAUUAAUAUAGGCUAACUUUGGGAAAGUGAUUAAGAUAAGGCAAAGCAAAGCUGGUUCGUACCAGUUAGGGAAAGCUGGUUCGUACCAGUUAGGAAGGGACAUAAAUGGUGUGGAGCAAUGAUGGUUCUAGUUGUGAUGUU